GCGGUUUUGGUGUUGUUGUUGUAAAAAUCAUCGUAAUUUUUGUGAAGUUACGAUGGCAUCACGUCGGCGUCGAGCAGAAUCAUACAGUGAUGAUGAAGACAUGGGUCACUCCUCAAGGAAAAGAAGAAGGGCAUCAGAUAAUAUUGACAUUGAAGAUCGAUUGGAAUCACUCAUCACAAGAGUUGGAGAAAAGAGUACUUCAUCACUUGAAAGCAACUUGGAAGGAUUGUCUAGUGUGCUGGAGGCAGAUUUACCCAACUACAAAGGCAAAAUUAUACGCAUUCUCUGUGAAUGUGUAACAAGACUUCCUGAGAAAAUGGCAGUAUAUUCUACACUGGUAGGACUCCUUAAUGCUAAAAAUUACAACUGUGGAGGGGAGUUUGUUGAACUCUUGGUGAGAAAUCUUAAGGAGACCAUGAAGUCUGGGGAGUACGAGCAUGCUAGACUUAUUGUGCGGUUCCUGUCUGACUUGGUCAACUGCCAUGUUGUGGUGGCUGGAUCCCUAUUGGCCAUGUUUGACAAUUUCAUAGAGGUCACUCUUGAGGACAACAUCCCACAGGUGAGAUCUGAUUGGUUCUGUUAUGCUGUGAUGUCAUCGCUACCUUGGGUCGGCAAGGAGCUCCAUGAGAAGAGAGAAGCAGAAUUCAACAAACUACUUAUGAUGAUGAUAGACAAUUACGUCAGCAAAAGACAGAAGAUCCAUGUACCUGCCCUAAGGAUUUGGUCGACAGACAUGCCACAUCCACAAGAAGAGUAUAUUGAAUGUCUAUGGGCCCAGAUUAAAAACCUACGUAACAACAAAUGGGUGGAAAAACAGAUUAUCCGGCCCUACCUUGCUUUUGAUGGUAUCCUAUGUGAGGCACUACAGCACACCCUUCCACAGAUUAUCCCCUCUUCUCACAAUGAAGAACAAGGUUAUCCUCUCCCAAGUGUCAUCUUCAGGAUGUUCGACUAUACAGACGUACCAGAGGGUGUAGUGUUACCAGGAAGUCACUCUGUGGAACGGUAUCUGAUUGAGGACCAGCUCAACAGAAUUAUACACACCUACAACCAAGAAAGGAAGGACUGUGCUGCAACACUUCUAAGUUUUCCUUCAAAGAACAAGAUUCCACUUAAUUACAUGAUUGUAGAGGUGAUAUUUGGCCAGCUUCUCCAGUUACCACGUCCACCAUUCUUGGAGGUCUUCUAUGGAUCUCUGCUUAUAGAACUCUGUAAACUCCAACCAGGAUCUAUGCCACAAGUGCUCGCACAGGCAACAGAAAUGAUAUAUGAACGUCUUGAUGCCAUGAAUACUACAGCUAUGGAAAGAUUUGUAUCCUGGUUCGCCUACCAUCUCAGUAAUUUCCAGUUCCGCUGGAGUUGGGAUGACUGGGCAAGUUGCCUUGAGUCAGAUCAUGAACUGCCUAAGGCCAAGUUCAUAUGUGAAGCCCUACACAAGGCCCUGAGGCUUUCAUACCACCAAAGGAUAACAGAGACUGUUCCUGAAGUUUUCAUGCCUCUCAUGCCACUCAAACCUGAGUCAGAAUUCAAGUAUGAGAAAGAAGGAUCGGGGGCAUUACCAGGCACAAUGACUGCCCAUCAACUCAUUCAAGCUAUCAAGGGACGCUGCUCCCCUGAGGAGGCCAUGGUACUGCUCAAGGAUCUUCCAAACCCACUUAGUGAUGAGGAAAGUGAUCCAACAUACCAUCCCUUGAGGAUUGAUGUCUUUGUCUCAGUGUUACUCCAUCUUGGCUCCAAAUCAUUCAGUCAUUCCUUUGCAGCCAUAGCCAAAUUCCACAACCUGUUGAAGAUGUUAGCAGACACAGAAGAAGGACAGAUCUGGUUAUUACGCACCAUGUAUGAAGUCUGGAGGUCACAUCAACAGAUGAUGGUUGUACUCGUGGACAAACUCCUGAAGACACAGAUUGUAGAGCCCUCCUCUGUUGCUAACUGGUUGUUCUCAAGUGAAAUGCAGCCAGAAUUCACAAAGUUCUAUGUUUGGGAGAUGAUGCACAGUACAAUACGCAAGAUGAGUAAACAUGUUGACAAGUUACAAAAGGAUGUGGAGGAGGCAAAGGACAAGCUGGAGGCUCACAAACGCAAGCGAGCUGACGGACUCGAUUUUGAUGAAGAUUACAGUGAAGAUGAUAUACCCACAGAGGAGAUGAUAGAAAGAAUGGAGGAAAGGAUGGAAACAGCUCAGAACCAACAGAAGCGACUUUUCCUCAUCAUAUUUCAGCGGUUCAUCAUGAUUUUAACAGACCACCUGGCAAAGUGUGAAGGUAGUGGGGUAGACUACAACACACCCUGGUAUAAAUGGGUGAUAGAGAGACUACAGCAAAUAUUCCUCCUGCACCACGAGCUUGUAUACCGGUAUAUUAGCACACUGGAGAGUCUGCUAUUUACUAGUGACAUUGACUUUCACAUACUGGAGAUUUUCCAACAGUUCUGUGCUCUGCGAUCUUGAGGUCCUGUAUAUCUACCUAUUACUGAAAUAUCAUCACAGAGGCUAUCAUUAGGACCACAAGAGUGAUCUCCCAUUGAUAUAAUGACGGGGAAUAUUGAAGAUUCUGAGAUAGCGAAAACAAUGAAUGUGAUGUUCUCCUGCAAGAGUUAUUUUCAGAGCAUUGAUACUUUUGAGACCAAAUCAGCAUCUCUAUUACAUCUUGAAGAGUUGGAUAGUAAGGCACAACAACAGUAUCAUUAUUUCUGGACUAAGGAUUCUGUUGUGAAUGUUUUUAUUGACAGAUGUACAAAACCUACACAAGUUUUGAAUUAUAAUGAUGUUCAGAUAAAUGCCAUUUACAUGUCAGAAAAUGUUAAGAAGUCUCUGAAACAUAUCUACCAUCCACUCCGUCAGCUUCUUCUGUGCCAAGGAUAGAUGCCAAGAGAUUAUUUAAAGAAUGAAUACUGGCACAUUUUAUAUCCAGAUAUGGCUGAAAUUGAACCAGCAAAUUUACAUGUUCACUUUCUUAAAUUUUUGCCCUUGCUGUUUCUUCUGAGGAGGGCUUCAUCAAGGUUAACGGGUCAAAGGUCACAUUUGACAAUAUCUGCUUGUCUGAGCUGGUGUUUUUUGUCUUACAGGUGUUUUCUAAUUUAGAAAGGAAAGCUAAAUUAAUUCUGAAUGAAAUGAAUACUGUUUGUUAAAAUCUUAUAUUGUCAUUGUUAAUAGAAAUAUUGCAUUAAAAAUUUGUAUGCAGACAUUAUGAUAAAAAGAAGUUAUUUGAAAACGUUAAGUAAAAUGUAGCAAGGUUGAAGUUGGCAUAAUAUUGUCAGUCAUAGAUUACACCAAUAUCAAUGGUUGUAAUAUAGGUACCUCAACUUCCUUCUGUUUUCUCUUUCUAAUUGGUGAUUCCACUGAUUUGCAGUGUAUUUUUAUUCUGAAAUUGAAAUUUUCCUCAGGUGGUAAUUUGAUUUCAGUAAUGUUUACGAACAAGUGUAAGUCCAUGAUUUAAGAAUGACGUACAUGUUAAAUAUCAUUUCAGAGUCAUGUAGAAUGAAUUUUCAAAAAUGUUAAGAAUUUCAUAAAUGAAUUAUGACUUAUUGUCACAGUAACCCAGACUUCCGAAAACAAUUCAACAGAAACAAGAAAUCUUUCUUUGUGGAAAGAUGUUUCAAUACCGAAAGAACUUUUUUUUACGGGCAGCUAGUUGUGUUGACAAUAUUAUGUUGUAUUAAACUUCAGUGCAGGGCUUUUCAUUCAUCUGCAACUUGUUGAAUCGGAGAUGUAUUUCAGAAGGUUCUCAACCCUGUGUACAUGAGAAGACUGAAAAUCCUUGCUCCACUAGUAAGAUAGGUAUAUGGGUGACUUCAGAAAUAAAAGAAAAUCUAUGUCUGAUGGGUUAUGGAGAAAAUGCAGAUAUAUACAACAGCACAAUCUGAUGAUUUCUCUUGUUAGUGUAAUUUUAACAAAACCUAGAGUCUCUCUAUCGGGUAGUGUAGAUCAUCAGAUCAAUCUAAGUUGUAUAAGUUGUAUCUUUUAUAAAAAAAAAAAAAUCAGAAAUUGGUAUCUUUUUUUAGAAAAAAAAAUCAGAAAUUGCUAGCUUUUCAGUAUCAGACAACAGCGUGGAUGUUUUAGUGGUAUCCUUUUAGCUAUGUUGAUCAUAAAAUUAAUGGUGAGAUUAUGUUAAAUGUACCUGGGAUAUCAUUCAGUCAGCUGACAUGUACUCUACCUUGUGAACCAAGCAGCUAGUCAACAUUACCACACCUGGAGUACCAUACAGCCAGUCGACAUGUACUUACCUGCAAUACCACACAACCAUUAAAAAUGUACUAUAUCUGAGGUAACAUCAAGCCAUUCAAGUAUCAUUCAGAUGUAUACAAGUAUCCAGUGUGGUUUGGAAGGAUGACAACAGAAUCCUGAUAAAGAGAACAGUGAAAUUAUUUCAUUUAUAGAUGUAAACUGAAUUCAAGUAAUUGGCUAAUUUCUGGUAUCUUUUAAUAUCCAUUUAUACUAUGAUGUUGAUUGUGAGGGGGAAAAAACUGAAGUUUUAGAAUUUUAGGCUAUCUACAUUUCUGAACUGCAAAAACUUUCUAAAAAAAUGACUUCAGUUUGGCAUUAGUCACUUCAUUAG